CACCAACAGUGCAAGACGGUUCCCUUUUCUCCACACCCUCUCCAGCAUUUGUUGUUUGUAGAUUUUCUGAUGAUACCCAUUCUGACUGGUGUGAGGUGAUACCUCGUUGUAGUUUUGAUUUGCAUUUCCCUAAUAAUUAGUGAUGUUGAGCAGCUUUUCAUGUGCUUCUUGGCCAUCUGUAUGUCUUCUUUGGAGAAAUGUCUAUUUAGGUCUUCUGCCCAUAUUUUGAUUGGGUUGUUUGUUUUUUUAAUAUUGAGCUGCGUGAGCUGUUUAUAUAUUUUGAAGAUUAAUCCUUUGUCCGUGAUUCAUUUGCAAAUAUUUUCUCCCAUUCUGAGGGUUGUCUUUUCAUCUUGUUUGUAGUUUCCUUUGCUGUGCAAGAGCUUUUAGGUUUCAUUAGGUCCCAUUUGUUUAUUUUUGUUUGUAUUUCCAUUACUGUAGGAGGUGGAUCAAAAAAAGAUCUUGCUGUGAUUUAUGUCAAAGAGUGUUCUUCCUAUGUUUUCCUCUAAGAGUUUUAUAGUGUCUGGUCUUACAUUUAGGUUUCUAAUCCAUUUUGAGUUUAUUUUUGUGUAGGGUGUUAGGGAGUGUUCUAAUUUCAUUCUUUUACAUGUAGCUGUCCAGUUUUCCCAGCACCGCUUAUUGAAGAGACUGUCUUUUCUCCAUUGUAUAUCCUUGCCUCCUUUGUCAUAGAUUAGUUGACCAUAGGUGCGUGGGUUUAUUUCUGGGCUUUCUAUCCUGUUCCAUUAAUCUAUACUUCUGUUUUUGUGCCAGUACCAUAUUGUCUAGAUUACUGUAGCUUUGUAGUAUAGUCUGAAGUCAGGGAGUCUGAUUCCUCCAGCUCCGUUUUUUUCCCUCAAGACUGCUUUGGCUAUUCGGGGUCUUUUGUGUCUCCAUAUAAAUUUUAAGACUUUUUUGUUCUAGUUCUGUAAAGAAUGCCACUGGUAAUUUGAUAGGGAUUGCAUUGAAUCUGUAGAUUGCUUUGGGUAGUAUAGUCAUUUUCACAAUAUUGAUUCUUCCAAUCCAAGAACAUGGUAUAUCUCCCCAUCUGUUUGUGUCAUCUUUGAUUUCUUUCAUCAGUGUCUUAUAGUUUUCUGAGUACAGGUCUUUUACCUCCUUAGGUAGGUUUAUUCCUAGGUAUUUUAUUCUUUUUGUUGCAAUGGUGAAUAGGAUUGUUUCCUUAAUUUCUUUCAGAUUUUUCAUCAUUAGUGUAUAGGAAUGCAAGAGUAUAGUGUAUAGGAAUGCAUUAAUUUUGUAUCCUGCAACUUUACCAAAUUCAUUGAUUAGCUCUAGUAGUUUUCUGGUGACAUCUUGAGGAUUCUCUAUGUAUAGUAUCAUGUCACCUGCAAACAGUGACAGUUUUACUUCUUCUUUUCCAAUUUGUAUUCCUCUUGUUUCUUUUUCUUCUCUGAUUGCCAUGGCUAGGACUUCCAAAGCUAUGUUGAAUAAUAGUGGUGAGAGUUGAUAUCCUUGUCUUGUUCCUGAUCUUAGAGGAAAUGCUUUCAGUUUUUCACCAUUGAGAAUGAUGUUUGCUGUGGGUUUGUCGUAUAUGGCCUUUAUUAUGUUGAGGUAGGUUCCCUCUAUGCCCACUUUCUGGAGAGUUUUUAUCAUAAAUGGGUGUUGAAUUUUGUCAGAAGCUUUUUCUGCAUCUAUUGAGAUGAUCAUAUGGUUUUUCUCCUUCAGUUUGUUAAUAUGGUGUAUCACAUUGAUUGAUUUGUGUAUAUUGAAGAAUCCUUGCAUCCCUGGGAUAAAUCCCACUUGAUCAUGGUGUAUGAUCCUUUUAAUGUGUGGCUGGAUUCUGUUUGCUAGUAUUUUGUUGAGGAGUUUUGCAUCUAUAUUCAUCAGUGAUAUUGGUCUGUAAUUUUGUUUUUUUGUAGUAUCUUUGUCUGGUAGUACCUUUGUCUGGUUUUGGUAUCAGGGUGAUGGUGGCCUCAUAGAAUGAGUUUGGGAGUGUUCCUUCCUCUGAAAUUUUUUGGAAGAGUUUGAGAAGGAUGGGUGUUAGCUCUUAUCUAAAUGAGCUGUGAAGGAUUCACCUGUGAAGCCAUCUGGUCCUGGACUUUUGUUUGCUGGAAGAUUUUUAAUCACAGUUUCAAUUUCAUUACUUGUGACUGGUCUGUUCAUAUUUUCUAUUUCUUCCUGGUUCAGUCUUGGAAGGUUAUACCUUUCUAAGAAUUCGUCCAUUUCUUCCAGGUUGUUCAUUUUAUUGGCAUAGAGUUGCUUGUAGUAGUCUCUUAGGAUGCUUUCUAUUUCUGCGGUGUCUGUUGUAACUUCUCCUUUUUCAUUCCUAAUUUUAUUGAUUUGAGUCCUCUCCCUCUUUUUCUUGAUGAGUCUGGCUAAAGGUUUAUCAAUUUUGUUUAUCUUCUCAAAGAACCAGCUUUUAGUUUUAUUGAUCUUUGCUAUCGUUUUCUUUGUUUCUUUUUUUAAAAAAUUUAUUUAUUUACUUUUGGCUACUUUGGGUCUUUGUUGCUGUGCGUGGGCUUUCUCUAGCUGCGGUGAGCGGUGUCCACUCUUUUUUUGUUGUGGUGUGUGGACUUCUCAUUGCGGUGGCCUCUCUUUGUUGCAGAAUACGGGCUCCAGGCACGUGGGCUUCAGCAGUUGUGGCAUGCGGGCUCAGCAUUUGUGGCUCAGGAGCUCCAGAGCACAGGCUCAGCAGCUGUGGCACACGGGCCCAGUUGCCCCGCAGCAUGUGAGAUCAUCCCAGUCCAGGGCUCGAACCCAUGUCCCCUGCGUUGGCAGGCAGAUUCUUAACCACUGCGCCACCAGAGAAGUCCCUCUUUGUUUCUAUUUCAUUUAUUUCUGCUCUGAUCUUUAUGAUUUCUUUCCUUCUACUAACUUUGGGUUUUGUUUGUUCUUCUUUCUCUAGUUCCUUUAGGUGUAAGGUUAGAUUGUUUAUUUGAGAUUUUUCUUGUUUCUUGAGGUAGGCUUGUACUGCUAUAAACUUCCCCUUAGAACUGCUUUUUCUGCAUCCCAUAGGUUUUGGAUCGUCAUGUUUUCAUUGUCAUUUGUCUUAGGUAUCUUUUGAUUUCCUCUUUGAUUUCUUCAGUGAUCUCUUGGUUAUUUAGUAACCUAUUGUUUAGCCUCCAUGUGUUUGUGUUUUUUAUGUUUUUUUUUUUCCCUGUAGUUGAUUUCUAAUCUCAUAGCAUUGUGGCUGGAAAAGAUGCUUGAUAUGAUUUCAGUUUUCUUAAAUUUACUGAGGCUUGAUUUGUGGCCCAAGAUGUGGUCUAUCCUGGAGAAUGUUCUGUGUGCACUUGAGAAGAAAGUAAUCUGCUGUUUUGGGAUGGAAUGUCCUAUGAAUAUCAAUUAAAUCUAUCUGGUCUAUUGUGUCAUUUAAAGCUUGUGGUUCCUUAUUAAUUUUCUGUCUGGAUGACCUGUCCAUUGGUGUAAGUGAGGUGUUAAAGUCUCCCACUAUUAUUGUGUUACUGUCGAUUUCCUCUUUUAUAGCUGUUAGCAGUUGCCUUAUGUAUUGAGGUGCUCCUAUGUUGGGUGCAUGUAUAUUUAUAAUUAUUAUAUCUUCUUGGAUUGAUCCCUUGAUCAUUAUGUAGUGUCCUUCCUUGUCUCUUGUAACAUUCUUUAUUUUAAAGUCUCUUUUAUCUGAUAUGCGUAUUGCUACUCCAGCUUUCUUUUGAUUUCCAUUUGCAUGGAAUAUCUUUUUCCAUCCCCUCACUUUCGGUCUGUGUGUGUCCCUAGGUGUGAAGUGGGUCUCUUGUAGACAGCAUAUAUAUGGGUCUUGUUUUUGUGUCCAUUCAGUGAGCCUAUAUCUCUUGGUUGGAGCAUUUAAUCCAUUCACGUUUAAGGUAAUUAUUGAUAUGUAUGUUCCUAUUACCAUUUUCUUACUUGUUAUGGGUUUGUUUUUGUAGGUCCUUUUCUUCUCUUGUGUUUCCCACUUAGAGAAGUUCCUUUAGCAUUUAUUGUAGAGCUGGUUUGGUGGUGCUGAAUUCUCUUAGCUUUUGCUUGUCUGUAAAUCUUUUUUUUUUUUUUUUGUCUAUAAAUCUUUUGAUUUCUCUGUCGAAUCUGAAUGAGAUCCUUGCCAAGUAGAGUAAUCUUGGUUGUAGGUUCUUCCCUUUCAUCACUUUAAAUAUAUCGUGCCACUCCCUCCUGGCUUGUAGAGUUUCUGCUGAGAAAUCAGCUGUUAACCUUAUGGGAGUUCCCUUGUAUGUUAUUUGUUGUUUUUCCCUUGCUGCUUUCAAUAAUUUUUCUUUGUCUUUAAUUUUUAUCAAUUUGAUUACUAUGUGUUUCGCCGUGUUUCUCCUUGGGUUUAUCCUGCCUGGGACUCUCUGCACUUCCUGGACUUGGGUGGCUCUUUCCUUUCCCAUGUUAGGGAAGUUUUCGAUUAUAAUCUCUUCAAAUAUUUUCUUGGGUCCUUUCUCUCUCUCUUCUCCUUCUGGGACCCCUGUAAUGCGAAUGUUAUUGCAUUUAAUGUUGUCCCAGAGGUCUCUUAGGCUGUCUUCGUUUCUUUUCAUUCUUUUUUCUUUAUUCUGUUCUGCAGCAGUGAAUUCCACCAUUCUGUCUUCCAGGUCACUUAUCCAUUCUUCUGCCUCAGUUAUUCUGCUAUUGAUUCCUUCUAGUAUAUUUUUCAUUUCAGUUAUUGUAUUGUUCAUCUCUGUUUCUUUGUUCUUUAAUUCUUCUAGGUGUUUGUUCUUUAAUUCUUCUGGGUCUUUGUUAAACAUUUCUUGCAUCUUCUCGAUCUUUGCCUCCAUUCUUUUUUCGAGGUCCUGGAUCAUCUUCACUAUCAUUAUUCUGAAUUCUUUUUCUGGAAGGUUGCCUAUCUCCACUUCAUUUAGUUGUUUUUCUGGGCUUUUAUCUUGUUCCUUCAUCUGGUACAAAGUCCUCUGCCUUUUCAUUUUGUCUAUCUUUCUGUGAAUGUAGUUUUCCUUCCACAGGCUACAGAAUUGUAGUUCUUCUUCUGCUGUGCAAAAGCUUUUAAGUUUGAUUAGGUCACCUCUGUUCAUUUUUCCUUUUAUUUCUAUUCCUUUGGGAGACUGACCUGAGAAAAUAUUGGUACAAUUUAUGUCAGAAUGUUUUGCCUAUGUUCUAUUCUAGGAGUUUUAUGGUGUUAUGUUUAAGUCUUUAAGCCAUUUUGAGUUUAUUUUUGUGUAUAGUGUAAGGGUGUGUUCUAACUUCAUUGAUUUACAUGCACCUGUCCAGCUUUCCCAACACUAGGGACAGUCUUCAAUGCUCAGUAUCUGGGGCCCUGGCACCCCAGGUCCGCAAGAGUUGAGUCCUAAGACAGCCAGGUUUCCGGGUAGUUCAGCCAGGAGGGGGCCUUGAGAGCCCAGGAUUUGGGUCUUCUGAUGGGACGUGGUAAAUCUCCAGAGGCUGGAGCUCAACAUUACAUGCUCGGUUGAACCACUUCCACUCAGCAGCACGUCCUGUCCCAUCUAAACCCCCACAGAGACCUCUGACCCCUAAACUGAGGCAGGUGUGCCCUGGAGAUACCCCUAGGCAGGUCCCAGAUUACCGACAGGGGACAGAAGAAGAGUGAGGCUCAUAUGCUCCUCCCCUGGGAACACCAGACCUGCUUCAGGGCUCAGUUUUCCCAUCUGAUAACAGGCCUGCAAAACAUUCCCUGGAAGAGCCUGGCCACCUCCGCAGGUCAGAGUGUUGCACCAUGGGUACAUGUAGACACAGGUAUGUGCAAGUGUGCACACAUACAGGCAGACACAUGCAUAAAUGUACAUGUACACAGGCAAGUGCACACACAUGCACAUAUACAUGCACUUAUACAUUCAUACGCACACACACACACAUUAACCCAGUUUAGCAUAAUAAAGUACACAUACAAACACAUCUGCACAUGAAGAGAAAUGCACAAAAGCACAUCCAUGCACAUGCACACACGGUACACAAACAGGCAAACAUAGACACACACAUGCAUUCACAAAGGCAUAAAAAUGCAUACAUAAACACACAAGUAUACAUAGACAAAUGUGUCAUGUCAUUGCCUUGCUUGGUGCCAGUAAAGUAUACAAGCACACACCCAGUACACGUAGCAGACCUGCACACCCACCCAAGUCCAUUGGAAUCAUGGAGGCAUGUAGAGGCCUUGACCAGGUCAGAUGCAGACCUUGGUACAGGGCAAAUGCAAUGUCCACCUUUCCCUCUUGACUCCCUGCUGAGCAUGGAGCCCUGGUUCAGAGUCACGAGCCCUUCUCAACUACGUCCUGCUGUGCGACCCUCUGAGCCUCCACUUCCUCAUCAGUAAAAUGAUGUGGGUACCCAUCCGCCAGGGCUGGUGUGAGCUAGGUAAGGAGCAAUGCUAAGCCCUGUGCUGGGCAGGGGUCAGGUGCUCCUUGCAUGCUUCUCCCUCUACUCUCUGCUGCCAGGCCUACCCCCCAAUGCCCCCACCCUGGAACUUGAGGCCCUCUCCUCCCCUUUCUGAGCCUGGAUCCUAUGGAACAUGUCUCCCUGCUCUGGAGCAGGGCUGGACUACCUCCAGGGUCUCUCCCAGAGGGUUUGGGGAGCAGCGUACAGGGGGUGCAGAGUCAGCAGUUGAGGGAUUGGGGCCAUGCCAGCCUGAUUAGGGCGGCUGGGGGCUGAGCUGGAUUCACCUGUCCUUGUCUCUGAUUGGCUCUUGGGUACCAACAACCCCCCAAAUCCUACUAAGCAGCCCCAACAGGGCCUUCACAGGUCUGUGGACAGCCAGUUGAUUGCCAGUUCUGAGGUCAGAAGGGUGUCUGGGGAGGCCAGAGGCUGGCCUGAGCCUGGCUCUGGGGAUCCCCUGCAUCCAGAAGAGCCAACUGACCACCCUGUUCCUUCACCUCCUGCCGGCACCAUGGGGGCUGGGGCCAGUGCUGAGGAGAAGCACUCAAGGGAGCUGGAAAAGAAGCUGAAAGAAGAUGCCGAGAAGGAUGCUCGAACCGUGAAACUGCUGCUUCUGGGUGCCGGUGAGUCCGGGAAGAGUACCAUUGUCAAGCAGAUGAAGAUCAUCCACCAGGAUGGGUACUCGCUGGAAGAGUGCCUCGAGUUCAUUGCCAUCAUAUAUGGCAACACGCUACAGUCCAUCUUGGCCAUCGUGCGCGCCAUGACCACGCUCAAUAUCCAGUAUGGAGACUCUGCGCGCCAGGACGAUGCCCGGAAGCUGAUGCACAUGGCGGACACCAUCGAGGAGGGCACGAUGCCUAAGGAGAUGUCAGACAUCAUCCAGCGGCUGUGGAAGGACUCGGGUAUCCAGGCCUGUUUCGAUCGCGCCUCGGAAUACCAGCUCAACGACUCUGCUGGCUACUACCUCUCGGACCUGGAGCGCCUGGUAACCCCGGGCUACGUGCCCACUGAACAGGACGUGCUGCGCUCGCGUGUCAAGACCACUGGUAUCAUUGAGACGCAGUUCUCCUUCAAGGACCUCAACUUCCGGAUGUUCGAUGUGGGCGGGCAGCGCUCAGAACGCAAGAAGUGGAUCCACUGCUUCGAGGGUGUGACCUGCAUCAUCUUCAUCGCGGCUCUCAGCGCCUACGACAUGGUGCUUGUGGAGGACGACGAAGUGAACCGCAUGCACGAGAGCCUGCACCUAUUCAACAGUAUCUGCAACCACCGCUACUUCGCCACCACGUCCAUCGUGCUCUUCCUCAACAAGAAGGACGUCUUCUCGGAGAAGAUAAAAAAGGCGCACCUCAGCAUCUGCUUUCCGGACUACAAUGGUGCCUGGACUCAUGCAUUCCUGAGACCCUGUAGCCCUUGCCGCCUUGUAGCCCCAAUCCGCAUGACCCCUACCAGCCCCCCAGGACUCCUGGGCCCCAGCCUGUGGCCUCACCAGCCACAGAUUCAAAACCCUAAGCCCUGCUAACCUUGAGGGACUUACCCUCCCCCAUGGCUCCCAGGAUUCCCUGGUCUCCCAGAGUCCGGUGCCCCCAGCCACCCCAGCACUGCCCUUCACGGCCUGGCUGCACUGGCCUCCAGGACCCACCACAGCCAGCCCCAGCUAGGAGCAAGCAGUACUUGGGGCAGCUACAGCUCACGGUGACUCAGCAGUACCCCACUGACCAAUCUCCUGCUGCUCUCCUGCCCCAGGAGGCCCGUGAUUCACCUGGUGGGUCUGGGUUCAGCAAACAGCCCUCCCUCUCAGAGUUUCAUGAAGGGCAGGGGGGCAGGAAGGGAACCCUCCUCCAAGCAGGCCUGCUGCUUACCAUCAGCCCAUUCUAGCCUUACCACCUCCAUGUGACAAGUCUGACACCCAUCUGCUCAGUGGCCAGUGACUGCCCCACCCGGCAGCUUUAGGGGUCCAAAGUCCAAGCCAGCUCUGGCCUGUGAAACUCAUACAUAGAUGAAUUAGUGAGUGGGGGCAAGCCUGGGAGCUCCUGGUGCCAGGAAGAGACUCAAGCUGGACCCUUCCCCACAUAUCCUAACCCCUUCCCCCACAGGCUCUGCCCCCUCCAUGCUUGGACACUGUAUUCAUGUCCUACUUACUUACACACCCACAGUACUCCAGGCCAGUCUGUUGAGGGAGGGUGCUGUUGACACCAGCUGUGGCCAAUGGCUGAACUGUCCUAAGGGGUGGCUGGGAGCAGAGUCCGGCUCCCAUCGAUCAGCCCCAGGCAGGGGAUUUGGGACAGGAAGGAGGCCCAGAUUGUGCCCAGAGGGGUCUGCCUCAGGUAGGGUCAUAAGCAAACCCAGGUGACCCUCUUGUCCCUGCCAGCAGCUUCUCUCAUCCUUCCCAUUCAGGGCCCAUUCCCUGCUGGGAAAAACUGAGAUCCAUGCCUGAACCAUCAGUGACAAAGGCAUCCAUGUCCCCACACCCCUGCUCCCUACUUCCUCAUCAAGCACCAAGUCCUCGCUGAUGCCCGUGGGCUGGGGCCUGUGUUGUAGUCGAGGGCAAGGAGCAUCCAUCUAACAAGGCCAGGGCAUAAUUUGCACUCCCUUCAGCUAGAUACACAGACUCAGCAAUAAAUCUUUGCAUCAGG